GCUGUCAUCAUUCAGGCCUCACCCUGCAGAGCCCCACCCUGGGCUUGGCCAAUCUGCUCCCAGGAGCAGUAAGGGCAGUAGCCAAGGCUGGGCAUAAAAGGCAGGGCAGGGCCAGCUGCUGCUCACGCUUGCUUCUGACACAACCGUGUUCACCAGCAACCACAAACAGACACCAUGGUGCAUCUGACUGCUGAAGAGAAGGCCGCCGUCACUGCCCUGUGGGGCAAGGUAGACGUGGAAGAUGUUGGUGGUGAGGCCCUGGGCAGGCUGCUGGUCGUCUACCCAUGGACCCAGAGGUUCUUUGACUCCUUUGGGGACCUGUCCACUCCUGCCGCUGUUAUGAGCAAUGCUAAGGUCAAGGCCCAUGGCAAAAAGGUGCUGAACGCCUUUAGUGACGGCAUGGCUCAUCUGGACAACCUCAAGGGCACCUUUGCUAAGCUGAGUGAGCUGCACUGUGACAAAUUGCACGUGGAUCCUGAGAAUUUCAGGCUCCUGGGCAAUGUGCUGGUGUGUGUGCUGGCCCACCACUUUGGCAAAGAAUUCACCCCGCAGGUUCAGGCUGCCUAUCAGAAGGUGGUGGCUGGUGUGGCUACUGCCUUGGCUCACAAGUACCACUGAGCUCCCUUUCCUGCUGUCUCAUUCUUAUUCAAGGUCCCUUUGUCCCCUAAACCCAACUACUAAACGGGGAUAUUAUGAAGGGCCUUGAUCAUCUGGCUUCUGCCUAAUAAAGAACAAUUAUUCUCAUUGCAA